UAAUGCCACCUGCCUGGUCGCCGACCACCGCGUAAAUUACGACAAUCUCAAGGGCAGUUUUGUAAGCAAGAACCAGUCAAAGCUCCUACAAGAAACUUAUCCGAAACCUUUGUUUCGUCAAAGUUCAAUUAAUUCAUUGCAAUUGUGGCAAAACGUCGCUGUCCUCUGAAAGUCGCCGUGCAAUUCCCCGUCCGCGCACGGUGGCCGGAAUAGUAUUACAGGCCGAUCGGCUCGGGGCCCGACCGACCUCUGUAAUUGGUUAUGGGGCAGAUCAGGUGGCUAAUGGUUGCAGUACUAAUGAGUUUGUUUGCUUUAUCUGGGGCUAGAGAACUGAAGAACAAGCACCAGGGUCACUUGGCUUUUUACAAUCACACACUUGCAACAAUACUGGUGGAGUAUGCUUCUGCAGUCUACAUGUCAGACUUGACAGAACUAUUUACAUGGACAUGCUCAAGAUGUAAUGAUUUGACUGAGGGAUUUGAAAUAAUAGAGCUGAUUGUUGAUGUCCAGCACUGCCUUCAGGGAUUUGUUGGGGUGGCAAAGGAUCUUAACGCUAUUGUAAUUGCUUUCAGAGGCACUCAAGAACACAGCAUACAGAAUUGGAUUGAAGAUCUGUACUGGAAGCAGCUUGACUUAAAUUACCCUGGAAUGCCUGAUGCAAUGGUGCACCAUGGAUUUUAUUCUGCUUACCAUAAUACAACCAUACGUCCUGGUGUUUUAAGUUCUGUUAGAAGAGCAAUGGAAUUGUAUGGGGACCUUGAUAUCAUGGUUACAGGACACUCAAUGGGAGGGGCUAUGGCUGCAUUUUGCGGCUUGGAUCUCACGGUCAAUCAUGAAGCCAAGAAUCUUCAGGUUAUGACAUUUGGACAGCCUCGUAUUGGCAAUGCUGCUUUUGCUCUACGCUAUACCCAACUUGUACCAAAUACCAUUCGUGUCACGAAUGAACAUGAUAUUGUCCCUCAUUUGCCCCCGUACUAUCCUUUUUUUCCGAAAAAGACAUAUCAUCAUGUCCCAAGAGAGGUAUGGCUCCACAGUACUGGAUUUAGUAUUUUAUUUUAUACAUGUGAGAAGGUAUGUGAUGGUUCUGGCGAAGACCCAACUUGUAGCAGGUCAGUGAUUGGCAACAGCGUUUCAGACCAUUUAGAGUAUUAUGGCGUUAGAUUAGGAGGCGAGACACCAGGUACGUGCAGAAUUGUGAUGGAUCCUCGUCUUGCCGCCAAUGGCACACAAGAUCUUGAGGGUAACCUGAUCUUGUCUAGAAAUCCUUCCACUCCUAUUGUAAAAAUGAGGGCAGAACCAAGCAUUCCAAGCGAGUCUGUUUAGAAUUAAGAGUGUUCUUUGGUUGGAUGAAUGGUUUCCACUUCAUUACCUGUCACUGUAUAGUGUACAUAUGUACAUUAACAUUUUUUAAGAUGGAAAUCCAGGAUAUUUCCCUCUAUUUAGCUGGUGAACUCUCUUCCUCUUUCUCUCCGAUCCAUUUGCCGCACUGUCUUGUAGUUUUUCAAUCUGUUGGAAUACAAAAUUCUUAAUUGCUUCUAGUUAUGGCAGAUGGGAGCCUUCAAAAGGGUCUUUUAUGGCCCAUCGAUGGCUAUUGGCUGGCUU